CCUCAAGAAACCAUCUCACCCCAUUACUUCUUCCCAAGGUGUUUCUCCCCCACACUCCUCCGCAGAUGCCUCCUCAUCGCAGCUCCCCUUACGGCCUCCGACCUCCUAAGUCAGCCACCACCACACCCAUGAAACCAGGGUCACCGGCGCUGCAGGCGCCACCGUUGUCGGAGUUCUACGACUCACGAACGAGGAUGCAACGCCUCCUCCAACCUCGCCACAAAACGAGCCCCUUGAUAUGGUGUGGUGCAGUCGUGUGCGUCGUCUUCAGUCUUCUCCUCAUCCUCGCGGGGGUCAUCACGCUCAUCAUCUUCCUCGUCGUCAAGCCGAGGAACCCCUCGCUGGAUCUGACCGCCGCAAGCCUUAACACCAUCUACAUCGACUCCUCCACGUACCUAAAUAGCGACUUCACCUUCCUCGCCAACUUCUCCAACCCAAACCACAAGAUAGACUUCACGUUCGAGUACUUGGGCGUGGAGCUGUACUUCCACGACCGGAUCAUCGCGGUCCAGGCGGUGCAGCCUUUCGCUCAGCGGACAGGCGAGUCGAGGCUGGAGUCGGUGCACAUGGUAUCCAGCGAGGUGCCCCUUCCACCUGGCCUUGCCCUCCAGCUGCAGCAGCAGGUGAGAAGCAACAGUGUCGUGUACAGUAUUAGGGGAACCUUCAAGGUGAAGGCAAGUCUGGGCGCAGGCCACUUCUCUUACUGGAUCUACCCUCGCUGCGACGUUGAGCUGAGUGCUCCUCCAAAUGGGGUGCUGGUGGCAAAACGUUGCAGAAUGAAGUCUUGAAGAUUAUACAUGCAUAGUUCCUUCUUCUUCUUCUUCUUCUCCUGGUCUCUCAUGCAUUGGUUUUGAUCAAACAUACGCACACUUGAUGAUGAUUGCACUGAAGUCAGGUACCUUUUUUUCUUGACCUGAAUGAUGUAGUCAGAGCAUGAACAUUCAUUUCUUGUUCAUAAUAGUUUUGCCAUUGAAGAACAAAUCUUUGUUUA